AAAAAAAAAAACUACUAAAAAUACAAGGAAGCUAUUCAUUUCACGUUAUCUGAUUUCAUUUGUCUUAUUACAUCUUUUAACGAAGGUACAGGUGCCUUUUUAACAUACGUUUGUCAUCCAGAGAAGGAAUUCAUAAAGGCAAAACAACAACAAGAAGAUCACAAUGGUUCAAUUCCCAUAUUCAAGUGCGCCAUUGCGUACUGUUAAGGAGGUUCAAUUUGGUAUACUCUCUCCAGAUGAGAUUCGUGCAAUUUCUGUUGCGAAGAUUGAAUUUCCAGAGACUAUGGAUGAGACCCAGACGAAACCAAGAGUUGGUGGAUUAAACGAUCCAAGAUUGGGAUCUAUUGAUCGUAAUUUCAAAUGUCAAACUUGUGGUGAAGAUAUGAACGAAUGUCCAGGGCAUUUCGGCCAUAUCGAAUUGGCCAAACCCGUUUUCCACAUUGGUUUUAUCAACAAGAUUAAAAAAGUGUGUGAAUGUGUUUGUAUGCACUGUGGUAAGUUGCUCCUCGACGAAUCGAAUGACUUGUUCAAACAAGCUAUCAGAAUCAGAGAUCCAAAGAAGAGAUUCAACGCAGUGUGGAAUCUUUGUAAGACAAAGAUGAUCUGUGAGCCAAAUUUCCCACCAGAUGCAGACGGAACAGUUCGUUCAAGAGGUGGAUGUGGUAAUGCUCAACCUUCUGUACGUCGUGACGGGUUAAAGCUUUGGGGUACCUGGAAAAAGGGAAACCCUGAUGAAAAUGAACAACCAGAGAAACGUCUCUUAACACCAAGUGAGAUACAGAACGUCUUUAAGCAUAUUACACCAGAGGAUUGCCGUAAGCUAGGUUUUCACGAGGAUUACGCUCGUCCAGAAUGGCUCAUAUUGUCGGUCUUACCAGUUCCACCUCCACCAGUUAGACCUUCCAUCUCUUUCAACGACACCCAAAGAGGUGAAGAUGAUUUGACAUAUAAGCUAUCUGAUAUCAUGAAAGCUAACAUUAAUGUUCAAAAACUGGAAAUGGAUGGUUCUCCACAACACGUUAUUAACGAAUUUGAAGCGUUGCUGCAGUUCCACGUAGCCACCUAUAUGGAUAACGACAUUGCUGGUCAACCACAAGCUUUACAAAAAUCUGGUCGUCCAAUCAAAUCAAUUCGUGCUCGUCUCAAAGGUAAGGAAGGUCGUAUCAGAGGUAAUUUAAUGGGUAAACGUGUUGAUUUCUCUGCACGUACUGUUAUCUCUGGUGACCCAAACUUAGAGCUGGAUCAGGUUGGUGUGCCAAAGAGUAUUGCUAGAACUUUGACAUAUCCUGAAACAGUAACGCCAUACAACAUCCAAAAACUGACAGAACUUGUACGUAAUGGUCCAAAUGAGCACCCAGGUGCCAAAUAUGUGAUCCGUGACACCGGUGAUCGUAUUGAUUUGAGAUACAACAAACGUGCUGGUGACAUCGUUUUACAAUACGGUUGGAAAGUUGAACGUCAUUUGAUGGAUGAAGAUCCAGUUCUUUUCAACCGUCAACCCUCUUUGCACAAAAUGUCCAUGAUGUGUCAUCGUGUGAAGGUUAUGCCUUAUUCCACUUUUAGAUUGAACUUGUCAGUCACAUCACCAUACAAUGCUGAUUUUGACGGUGAUGAGAUGAACUUGCACGUUCCACAGUCAGAAGAGACUAGAGCUGAGCUCAUGAACAUUUGUGCAGUGCCACUUCAGAUCGUUUCCCCACAGUCGAAUAAACCAUGUAUGGGUAUUGUGCAAGAUACCUUAUGUGGUGUCAGAAAGAUGACGCUUCGUGAUAGUUUUAUCGAAUACGACCAAAUGAUGAACAUCCUGUUCUGGAUUCCAGGAUGGGAUGGUGUCGUUCCAGAACCAACGAUCUUGAAACCUAAGCCAUUGUGGACAGGUAAGCAAAUGUUGUCUAUGACAAUUCCAAAAGGUAUCCAUCUUCAAAGAUUUGACGAGGGAACUACAUUGCUUAGUCCGAAGGAUAAUGGUAUGCUUAUCGUGGAUGGUAAGAUCCUUUUUGGUGUCGUUGAUAAAAAGACUGUAGGUGCUACUAAUGGUGGUUUGAUCCACACCGUCAUGAGAGAAAAGGGUCCAAGAACUUGUGCCGAUUUGUUUGGUAACAUCCAGAAGGUGGUGAACUUCUGGUUGCUCCACAAUGGUUUUUCUAUUGGUAUUGGUGAUACCAUUGCCGAUGCCUCCACUAUGAAGGAAAUUACGGAGGCCAUUGCUAUUGCAAAGGAAAAGGUAGAAGAAGUCACACUUGAAGCACAACAAAACAGAUUAACUGCUAAGCAUGGUAUGACACUGAGAGAAUCGUUUGAAGAUAACGUGAUCCGUUAUUUGAACGAGGCUCGUGAUAAAGCAGGUCGUUCUGCAGAGAUUAAUUUGAAAGGCCUUAAUAAUGUGAAACAGAUGGUGAGUGCUGGUUCCAAGGGUUCUUUCAUUAACAUUGCCCAGAUGUCCGCUUGUGUGGGCCAACAGUCGGUUGAAGGUAAACGUAUUGCUUACGGCUUUGCUGACCGUACCUUGCCACACUUUUCCAAGGAUGAUUACUCUCCAGAGUCAAAGGGUUUCGUCGAAAACUCUUAUUUAAGAGGAUUGACACCACAAGAAUUCUACUUCCACGCUAUGGGUGGUCGUGAGGGUUUGAUUGAUACUGCCGUGAAGACAGCUGAAACUGGUUAUAUUCAACGUCGUCUUGUCAAGGCCUUGGAAGAUAUCAUGGUCCAUUAUGAUGGUACCACUAGAAAUUCCAUGGGUAGUAUCAUUCAAUUCAUCUAUGGUGAAGAUGGUCUCGACGCUGGUCACGUUGAGAAGCAAACCAUUGAUACCAUUCCAGGUGAAGAUGCAGCGUUCGAGAAGCGUUAUCGUGUUGAUUUGAUGAGCGAAAAGACUUCUAUCAGACCGCAUCUACUGGAAUCUGGUCGUGAUAUCAUUGGUAACACUGAGUUGCAAGCUACAUUAGAUUCCGAGUACGAUCAGUUAGUGGAGGACCGUAAGUUCUUGAGAAAAGUCUUCAUUGACGGUGAACACAAUUGGCCAUUGCCUGUCAAUGUUCGUCGUAUCAUUCAAAAUUCUCAGCAGAUCUUCCACGUUGAUCGUUCUAAGGCUUCUGACCUGACCUUGGAUGAGAUUGUCACAGGGGUUCGGAAACUAUGCCAAGGCCUACUUGUUCUUCGUGGUGAUAACCCACUGGUCAAGGAGGCCCAAGAAAAUGCUACUACUUUGUUCCAAUGUUUGUUACGUUCUCGUUUGGCUUGUCGUCGUGUCAUUGAAGAAUAUCGCCUUAACAGAGUUGCGUUCAACUGGGUUUUGGGUGAAAUUGAUGCUCAAUUCCAAAGGGCUGUUGUUCAUCCAGGUGAGAUGGUUGGUAUUGUGGCCGCUCAAUCUAUUGGUGAGCCAGCUACUCAAAUGACCUUGAAUACUUUCCACUUUGCUGGUGUGGCUUCCAAGAAGGUUACAUCUGGUGUUCCUCGUUUGAAAGAAAUUUUGAACGUUGCAAAGACCAUGAAGACUCCAUCUUUGACAGUUUAUCUUGAACCAGAAUACGCUUCUGAUCAAGAAAAGGCAAAGGAGAUCAGAUCUGCUAUCGAGCAUACCACUUUAAAGAGUGUUACGGUUGCUACUGAAAUUUACUACGAUCCAGAUCCAAGGUCUACGACUAUCGAAGAUGACGAGGAAAUGGUUCAGUUGCACUUUGAAAUUCCUGAUGAGGAAACUGAAGCUACAUUGGAUAAACAAUCUCCAUGGUUGUUGCGUAUCGAAUUGGAUCGUGCUGCUAUGAAUGAUAAAGAUUUGACCAUGGCCGAAGUUGGAGAGAAGAUUAAGGAGACUUUCAAGGAUGAUCUCUUUGUUAUCUGGUCUGAAGAUAACGCUGAAAAGUUGAUUAUCCGUUGUCGCGUUGUCCGUGAUCCUAAGAACUUGGAUCCAGAGUCUGAAGCUGAAGAGGAUCAGAUGUUGAAGCGUAUUGAGAACAAUAUGUUAGAAGCUAUUACUCUGCGUGGUGUUCCAGAUAUUACUCGUGUUGUCAUGAUGAAAUACGACCGUAAGCUUCCAGAUGAAACUGGUAAAUAUGUUAAGGUUCCAGAAUGGGUCUUGGAAACUGACGGUGUCAACUUAGCAGAUGUUAUGUGUGUCGAGGGUGUGGAUUCUACACGUAUUUACACCAACUCCUUCAUUGAUAUCUUACAAGUUUUGGGUAUCGAAGCUGGCCGUGCUGCUCUCUAUAAGGAAGUUUACAACGUUAUUGCCUCUGAUGGUUCUUAUGUGAACUAUAGACAUAUGGCUUUGUUAGUUGAUGUGAUGACCUCUCGUGGUCACUUGAUGGCUGUCACUCGUCAUGGUAUCAAUAGAAACGACACGGGUGCAUUGAUGCGUUGUUCUUUCGAAGAAACUGUUGAAAUUCUGUUUGAGGCUGGUGCAGCUGCAGAGUUGGAUGAUUGUCGUGGUGUUUCCGAGAACGUUAUACUGGGCCAGUUGGCUCCUAUUGGUACUGGUGCGUUUGAUGUUAUGGUUGAUGAUUCCAUUCUCAAGGCUCUGCCUACAGCUACAGAGAACCAGGGAUAUGCACGCACUGAAUAUGGCGAUGGUGGUUCUACACCUUAUGAUUCCGCUAACAUGCCUGGCCAAGGUGUGGUUGAGGGUACAGAUGAUGUUAUGUUCUCUCCGAUUGUUGAAUCUGGUCAGAUGCCAGUUAAUGCUGGUGGAUUCACCGAGUACGGUAGCGGUACAGAUUAUGCUACAUCUCCUGGUAUGAGUGCCAACUCGCCAUUCGGCUAUGGAUAUGGAGCUACCUCACCAGCUACGAAUGCUACAUCACCAGGCUACUCUGUUACUUCACCAGCGUACAGCGCAACCUCUCCAUCAUACAGUCCAACGUCUCCAUCGUACAGCCCAACAUCACCAAGUUACUCACCAACAUCUCCAUCGUACAGCCCAACAUCUCCAUCGUACAGUCCAACGUCUCCAUCGUACAGUCCAACCUCUCCAUCGUACUCUCCAACAUCACCAUCAUACAGUCCAACAUCACCAUCAUACUCACCAACCUCACCAUCAUACUCACCAACCUCACCAUCUUAUUCACCAACAUCGCCAUCUUAUUCACCAACAUCACCAUCAUACAGUCCUACGUCACCAAGCUACUCACCAACAUCACCUUCCUAUAGUCCAACAUCACCGUCAUAUUCCCCAACAUCACCAUCAUACAGUCCAACAUCUCCAUCUUACUCGCCAACCUCGCCUUCAUACUCACCUACAUCACCAUCGUACUCACCUACAUCACCAAGCUAUUCCCCAACUUCGCCAUCAUACAGUCCAACCUCGCCAUCAUACAGUCCAACCUCGCCAUCAUACUCACCAACCUCUCCUUCCUAUUCACCACCUAGAUCACCAUCUUAUUCACCAAAGGAUGACGAGAAGAAGGAUGAAAAUGGCAAGCAGGUGGAUAAGUGAGCAAGUUUGCUUGAAGAGAACAAAAGAAAUGAAAUGUAAAUUAUCUUACUUAAAGAGUUGUUAUAUACCUAAAGGGAUAAACGUUAAACGAACAGAAG